AUGCCUCCAUCCGAGCAAGUUCCAGUGCAAAUUGCUCCUGUUGCACAGACAUAUGUCCAAUCUAAUGCUCCACAUUAUUACAAUCAUGUAUUCAUCAUGGAGAAGCUUGACAAGUUCGUGAAAAACCCAUUCGAUUGUGAAGUGGCAUCUUUGCCAGUUCCAUCUGAAGUCAUUUCACAAGCAUCUGAUGUUGUUCGAGAUAUGAAAGAAGAUUCUGUUGAAAUUAACAACCUCACUACUGAACUUAAUGAUCUUGACAGUAGAAUGAAAGCAACAUCUUCCAAGCCGCUCCUCCCGGUGACGCACUACCGGUACGAGACCACGGGGAUCCGCCCUGAGUACCUGCGGGACGCGCCGACGGUGAAGAUGAUGCAGCGGCAGGUGGAAGCCAUCCUCCUCAACGGCGAGCAGCCGUGGAAGGUCAGGUCCUCCCGCGGCGCGGCCAGGCUCCUCGUCGGCCACGGCCUGGAGCACGAUCUCGACGCGCUGGGCAUGGACUACCCGGCGUACCUGAAGCGGGACACGGCGGAAUAUCCGCCGCUGAUGAAGACGAGCGGCAGGCUGAUGAGCAACUCGCUCCGGUUCCUCACACAGAGCUGCCUCGGCUACGACAUCCAGACGGGCCACCAGCACCCCUACGAGGACUGCGUGGCGGCCAUGCGGCUGUACAAGAGAAUGAGCUCGAUGAGGCACGGCCCGCCGAAGAACGGGGGCGAAGACGAUGCGUGCGCGGCGGUGGCAUUCCCGGCGCGGAGGCAGCGGGAGCUGGAGCGCAUGUCGCCGGAGGAGCUCCUCAGCAUGUCCAAGCCGGACUAUCACUGCUGGUGCCUCGACGACUAGCCUCGACGACUGCACUUGCAUCUGCAUGUCCAAGCAUGAGCCACGGCCACUGCGAGGCUGCCCUGCCGAAUUCGAUUCUUCGGGCUUUACUUACUGAUCAAAGGGGAAUUCCAAUAAUAGAUUUCACUCAUUUAAAAAAUUGAU